UCCGCCCCUUGGUUGCGCCGCGUUCCAUCUGCGGUCCACUUAAAGAGGCGCUUCUCUAUUGGCUGCUGAUUGUCCCGCACUGGGAUGAUUGGCAGCUUUUCUGUCCUGUAGGAAGUAUUACGGUGCGCAUGCGUGAGGCCUUGGGAAGCUCGAAGACUGAGGACACCCGGAUAUGAGGUGACCCGGAGACGCCCGCGGGUAUGACAGAAUACCCGGAGAGAAGUUGGGGGAGUUUAGGCCUUUGAUGUUGUCGUUGCGCAGAGCGUCUUUUGAAGACCUGGGAGCCCGGACUGAAGGCCCGAGGCACCGGGACGUGGACAAAGCCCGGGACGUCUCCCCCUGCAGCGCCAUGGAUGAGCAGGAGGCUCUGAAGUCCAUCAUGAAGGACUUGGUUGCCCUUCAGAUGGGAAGGCGACAUCGAACCACGGGGAUCGAGGGGGUAAAAACAAAGACCGGUAGUCUCCCCAAUAAACAGAAUGACGUGAGGAUAAAGUUUGAACACAGCGGGGAGAGGCGGAUCUUGCAGUUUCCUCGUCCUGUAAAAUUUGAAGAUGUAGAACAGAAAGUGAAAUUUGUCUUUGGGCAGCAGAUGGACCUACAUUACAUGAACAAUGAGCUGUCUAUACCCCUUAGAAGUCAGGAUGAUCUUGACAAGGCAGUGGAUCUCUUAGAUCGAAGUUCCAGUAUGAAAAGUCUUCGGAUUCUGCUUCUCUCCCAUGACAGGAACCAUACAUCCUCGCCCCACUCAGGGGUCCAUAAACAAGUGCGGAUCAAGGCCUCACAGUCUUUGGGUGAUGUUAAUACAGCAUAUCAUUCUGCAGAGACCCGGAGCCGACAUCUGUCUGUCAGUUCACAGAAUGCUGGACGCAGCUCCCCACCUCCUGGCUACAUUCCGGAGAGACAGCAAAGGAUUGCACGACAGGGCUCCUAUACCAGCAUCAACAGCGAGGGCGAGUUCAUCCCCGAGACUAAUGAUCAAUGUAUGCUGGACCCUCUGAGCAGUACAGAGAAUUCCAUAUCUGGAAGUUGCCAGUCUCUGGACCAAUCAGAUGACAGCCCUUCGUUCAGGAAGUCUCGAAUGUCAAGAGCUCAGAGUAAUCCAGACAACAGGCAGGAUUUCUCAGAUCGUGAGAAUCAGUUCUAUGACAAAGCAGGAAAGGGUGGGACGUACCCUCGAAGAUAUCACGUGUCUGUUCACCAUAAGGACUACAGUGAUGGACGAAGAACAUUCCCACGGAUAAGGCGCCCUCAGGGCAAUCUCUUCACCCUUGUGCCAUCAAGUCGCUCUUUAAGCACCAAUGGAGAAAACCUGGGCCUGUCUGUGCAAUAUCUGGAAGCUCGCAACCGACUGCGCAGUGCAGACAGCGAGAACACACUGGGCAUACCAGAGAGGAAUGUGCCCAUCAAAUCUCCCAGUGCUCCUAUAAACUGGCGUCGGGGAAAGCUCCUGGGGCAGGGGGCCUUCGGUCGGGUUUAUCUGUGUUAUGAUGUGGACACAGGACGGGAGCUGGCAGCUAAGCAGGUUCAAUUUGAUCCAGACAGUCCAGAAACAAGCAAGGAGGUAAGUGCACUGGAGUGUGAGAUCCAGCUGCUGAAGAAUCUGCAUCACGAAAGAAUUGUACAGUAUUAUGGUUGUUUACGGGACAAAGGCGAGAAGACGCUGACUAUUUUUAUGGAGUAUAUGCCAGGGGGAUCAGUGAAAGAUCAGCUGAAAGCUUAUGGAGCAUUAACGGAAAAUGUCACCCGUAGAUACACCCGGCAGAUCCUGGAGGGUGUUUCCUACCUACACAGCAACAUGAUUGUACACAGGGACAUAAAGGGUGCCAACAUCCUCCGGGACUCUGCUGGGAAUGUUAAGCUGGGAGACUUUGGAGCCAGUAAGCGGCUUCAGACAAUCUGCAUGUCAGGAACAGGUAUUCGGUCUGUGACAGGAACGCCAUACUGGAUGAGCCCGGAGGUGAUCAGCGGGGAGGGUUAUGGGAGGAAAGCUGAUGUCUGGAGUCUGGGCUGCACCGUGGUGGAAAUGCUAACAGAGAAGCCUCCCUGGGCAGAAUAUGAAGCCAUGGCUGCCAUUUUUAAAAUUGCAACCCAGCCAACCAAUCCUCACCUUCCGCCACACACAUCAGAACAAUGCCGGGACUUUGUAAAGCGGAUACUGGUGGAAGCUCGGCAGAGGCCGUCUGCUGAGGAGCUUCUUCGGCAUCCCUUUGCCCAGCUCACCUAUUAAGUCUUCAUCAAAGUGUCCUCCUUCCCUUGACCAUGGAUAUUCUCCAGAGAGAUGAACGUUGACUGUUGAGGGAAGACCAUGGAGCAUUUAAUGAGACGCGAUGACAAUCUUCCCUCCAACCUUUUUCCCCUCCCCAACUACCUAUCGCUGGCUGAGUCUAGAACAGGUUCUAGAUCCAGCACAGGGUUGGGUCUGCAUCAGUGUUAGAGCAGCAGAACAAUGGAUUAUUUUUUUACCUUGAAGUGACUUUGAUUCCUGGAAAAAGAGUUCCUUAUGCUCCAAGCCAGAGACACAGUAUAGAGGAAUAGUGCAUGAUGACUUUCAGUAAAAACCUGCACUGUCCUUAUCCUCCCAUCAUGAAGGAGUUCUUCCACAUCUUAGACAAGUGCCUUAAUGCCUCUUCAGCCAGGGAGCAUAACUACGGCCCGGUGGCUUCUUCCUUUUGUCAUGAUGGAAAGUCCAAGCAUUUCAGUCAUGGUGAGGUAACCUGAUGAUAGCAGUAUGUGACCUCUUGGCUUAAAGUAAGUUUCCCCCUUUUGAACAACAUUUAUGUUUUUACAUCCAAAUUUUACAAUAUUAUCUUAACAGGGGUCGGGGCUCCAAAUCUCCUGCUUCGCUUCACACAGCCAUAGAGUUCAGUGAUACAAUUCUAGUUUCUUGCUGCCACCAAUAUGUGUAAUUUAAAGGGAAUCUGUCAACUCUAUAUCAUGCUCAGCUGCAGACAUGGGCAGAUAGCUGAUGGGGAAAUACAUGAUUCCUGUCUUUUAGCUGAUGGCUGUUUGAAAAGUUAUAAAAUGUUUUCUUUCCAAGCUUAAGUGUCAUAGCGCCCUGGCUGGGCUGUAGCAUGCACACCUCCUCCCUCCCCCACCCCUCUCUGCUUUACAUGAUUGAUGUUCAGGGCUUAGUGCUGGAACCAAACCCUUCACAUCAGUCAGAAGGAAAGUAGGGAGGAGGUGUGCAUGCUGCAGCUUAGUGCUGCCUCUACGACUAUUAAAAGGGGUACUCCACUGCCUCAGCCCUCGGAACAUUUUGCUCCAAACGCUGGGUGCGAGCUGCAGGGGGUCGUGAUGUCAUGCCACACCCCCUCAAUUCAAGUCUAUGGGAGGGGCCGUGGCGGCAUCCCUCACCCUGCGUUCUGAACAAAAUGUUUCCGAAUGCUGGGGCAGUGGAGUACCCCUUUAAGCUCAUAAAAAAAGCAUAAUUCAUAUUAGUUAUCUGCCUAUGUCUACAGCUCUGAGCAUGAUAUAAAACUGACAGAUUCCCUUUAAGAGAAAUCAGCAUCCUGUAUCAUAGAGUUCAAUAGAAACUGUAUGCAGUGUUCUCUUUUUGGUGUUGGAUGCAGGUGAAGGGUUAUCCUAAGAUCAUAACUUAUCCCCUAUCCGUAUAGGAUAGGUUAAUAAAUAUUUAUAUGAUCAUUGGGGUCUGCUUGGACCCCACUGAUAAUGAAUGCAGAGGUCCCUUGUCGCCUGAGUGAAUGAAGCGACAUUGCGCAUGAUUGCCAGUUGCUUUAGUCACUUGCUGUAGGACUGAUGAAGAGGUGAGAAGUUAUAAUCUGGAGAUAACUGUAUGUAGGGGAUUUGGAGCUCUAGACGGUUAUAUAGAGCAUCUUCCACUGUUGAGAUAUAUUGGGAAAAUAACCUGCACAGAAUAGGAGUUAUGUAAAAGCGAAGUGGUCUUCAGGGGGGGAAUAUUUACUUUUAACUUCCUGACCAACCUCCAAUCCUAAGGUUUUUUUUACUUGCGGUUCAGCGUAGCGGGAUCUCCUUACGGCGUGCCUUAGUGACAGGUAUGUGAUGUUUACAGUCCUAGUCUACAUGCCAGUUUGACAAGGUAUUUUUUGGUCUUAUAGGUCUCUUACACCAAGUGUUUAUCUUAGCUUUGUCUAUGUAUUAACACUUUUACAUUUCCCCACAUUAAGGUGGCAUUCAUACAGGGGGGAGUCCCAUUGUUAUUACAAAGUGCCCUGAUAUUGGACACCACAGUGAUCAGCUUUAAUGUGUAAGAAAACCCUACAGAAGUGUUCAUUUUCCCCUUCUGUGCCUCCACAGGAGAAAAUGAGCAUUACAUAAUGGUCCUGUAAUGUAUGGAUUCACUGAGUCCUCCAUACCUAACACAAUCUUUAAGAUGAGGGUCCUUACUGGACGUGAAACCCACAACCCCCUUUUAAAAAAACUAGUCCAGUCCUGAAAAACAUAUUCCCUAUCCUAAGGCCCCUGCGAUCUCCCAUAUGGGGCCCCAGCAGCCCACGGGAAGGGGCGUGUUGACCACCACACGAAGCAGCGGCUGACACGCCCCCUGAGUACAACUCUAUGGCAGAGUCGGGAGAUCGCGGGGGGGGGGGGGGGGCCAGGGUUCGGACCUCCCGCGAUCUGAAACUUAUCCCCUAUCCUUAGUAUAGGUAUAGGGGAUCAUUUUUUCAGGGCUGGACUACUCCUUUAACUAUGAAUGCCUUAGCAGGAUUCCAAAAAAGAAAAAUGGUUAUCUAUCUUUUAAGAGUAUGCUUAAACAUACUGUAAAUGCUGCAUAUUUUAUGCUGGUAAGUGAAUAAAAUCUGCAGCGUACUGUAUAUAGUACUUGUGAACAUAGCCUAAGACUUGGUUAACAUCUGCAUCAGGUGUGCCUCUGAAACAGUUGUGAACCUUUCCUUAUAAACUUUAUUUUAAUUCCUCUUUUAUUUUCAAGAUCUCUGCUUGCUGUCAGUGACUAGGAAGAUUCAUUUUCACAUUCGUAUGCAGAAAAUUAGUACAAACAGAAUAUUUCUCGCAUCUGUAACAUUUCUGCAAGGUAUUUUACUUUUGCUGAUACAUGUUUGUGCUGAUACAUAUAUGUAGAUUACAGAGGAUUGUCUAUAUCAGUGGUUCUCAACCUUUUUUUGCCUGAGUACCCCUUGACAGCCAAUUCCUAAAAAUGUUACCCCCCAUAUUAGAGACAUUUUGUAAUGCUUAUAGUAUAAUUCAUAUGCUUUACUUUCCUCUAUAACAGGCCCCCUGUUCUUCUCCCUAUCUCCCCAGUCCCCCGAUUUACAGGUGACGUCUUCUCUAACCGGAGUUGUUUACUUUUCUUCUCUAUCUGGCCUAGACCGCCAUUAAGAUUUCUCCCAUACAAGACUUCUCCACAGAACCAAACAAACAAACAAACAUUUUAGGCCCUUUUCUGCAGUACAAUAUCCACCUAUUUACAAACUCCCCAUGUUUCUUGUCACACGCAGUAUUAGUACCCGCUUUGCAUCCCCAUAAAGUUGUUAGGCCCCCUCUGUGCCCCCAUAUAUAGCUAUAGGCCCCCAAACUGCCCCCAUAUAUAGUUUUAGGCCACCAUACUGUCCCGCUUCGUUGCUCCUCUGGUCUGGGGACCUAUUGUUAUGGCUCCUAGCAGUAGGUCACCGGUCUGCAGGGGCAGUGGAGCAACAAAUCUGAUGGUAGUUACUGCCCACAGCAGCCCAGUGCCCGCGCUUCCCCUUUGCUGUCCUCCUGCGUCGCUCCUCGGUGCAGUGACGUCAGCCUAACAUUUCUUUCAAAGUGGUCCAGAACAGUAACCAGUGGCUGUGGCUGCCAUUACUGAUUUUUUUUUCAAGUACCCCUGGAGAACUGCUAAGUACCCCUGGGGGUACUUGUACCCCAGAUUGAGAACCACUGGUCUAUGUAGUCUGCCUGGAGGAAUGUAAACUAGCAUCAUAGUCCCAUACACUGACAGUUUGCAAGAUUUUCAAAGGAGGAAGGAAGACCUGAAGCAAUCACUGUAUAAGUUUCACAACUUUCUUAAAUGCUUUUUGUAAUUAGUUUUCACAUAAAACUUUUUUGUAUGUAGAAGUAAAUGAACUGCACUUAUCCUAUAUCCCCAUAUGACCCCAUAUAAUCACUUUAGGGUGAGAUCAAAGCAUUUGGUAGCCAUAGCAGAUGUUAGUAGCUUUUGUAUGGGGAAUGGAGAUUGCUUGGUUUGGUCUGAGGAUCACAUGUGUGAUCUCCUGGAACCUAAGGUCUUGCCAGACAUUGGUCAGUCUUUCUGUUAUAGGAUUUAAGGGUACAACAAGGAUGAUGAUUAAAGGGGUACUCCGGUGGAAAACAAUUUUUUUUUUAUUUUUUUUUUAUUUUUUUUUUUAUUUUUUAUAAAUGAGCUGGUGCCAGAAAGUUACAGAUUUGUAAAUUACUUCUAUUAAAAAUUCUUAAUCCUUCUUAGUACUUAUUAGUGGCUGUAUACUACAGAGGAAAUUCUUUUCUUUUUGCAUUUCUUUUCUGUCAUGACCACAGUGCUCUCUGCUGACACCUGC